AUGGCAAAUUCCAACCGUGCACGCUCCGCUACUCCGCUCCCACGCACAAACGGCGAUAUGCCAACCACCACCACCACCACUACGACCAGCUGCCCACAAGAAUCCAAGUUCGACUGUGCCGUCUGCUACGACACCUAUCCGCAAAGCCAAGGCAUCGAGGUCGUGCCCGGCGAUGCCAUCUGCCACGACUGCUUCACGGAAAGCCUCUUACCGAAAUUCCUCGCAGCUUUACAGCACGAACACGCUUACCCGGUCAAAUGGGGCGCCAUCAAGCUUGAUCCUGCUCUCUUCUCUCGAAUUCUGCGAGAGGGUUUGACUGUGAAGUGGGUGUUCAAGGUGAGGGAGUAUGCUACCCCGGUCAAGGAACGCAUCUACUGCGCAAAUUUACGACGCACGAUGGCUGGUUCGGGAUUCGGGAAGGCGCUUUCCGUGGAGGAGAUUGAGAUGGCGGUCGAUGAGGAGUGUCCGAUGCAGGAGUGUGGCAGCUUUCUAGGCGCCCGCGCUCCUCCGACCGGUGCCCGGGCGACAGUCACAUGCACCUCUUGCACAGGUAAUACCUGCGGUCUCUGCGCCAGCUCCUUCUUCGAGCCACCUACCCAGCAUCACUGCACAGAUGCUGUGGACAAGGAGACCCGGGACGCUUUUGAGGGGAUGGUGAAGGGGAAGGACUAUCAACUUUGUCCUGAAUGCUGCGCACCGGUCGAGUUGAGGGAUGGCUGUAAUCAUAUCUUCUGCGAGGCGGGGUCUUGCAACGCGGCGUUUUGCUUUAUUUGUGGGAUGGCUGUCAAGAGGAGGGAGGUGGAGCAUUGGAAGAAGGGGAUGCCGUGUCCCAGGUGGAAUCAACCGGGUGCUGAGAAUGCUCACCACGAUCCUGCUCCUCUGCCUCACCAAGGGUUUCCUGGCCUUCUUGCAGCCGCAGCAGCAGCACGCAUCCCGGCUGUAGUCCCGCAGGAAGGCCGGAUAUUUAACCAGCCUCGGCCUAUUUUCGCGCCAGUACCAGCGCAGCUACCUUUCCCACAAGAAGGCUGGACAGGGGGCCCACAAGCCCGCGCCGCACUCCUCAACCUAGGAGCCCUAGAAACGGAAUCGCUAUCCCGGGGUCUUGGGAAGAAUCAACCAGAGGUUGACAUUUAUUGA